AUUAUCGCAAUCUCACCUUUGACCCUGACACGGCCAACCAUCACUUCUUCCUGUCCCGCCAAAACCAGCGGGUAAAGCAUGGCUCCGGGUCCCAGCUCGGCCCCCAGCCGGGGAGGUUUCGGCUCUGGCAGGUGCUGUGUGCCCAGAGCUUUGAAGCGGGAAAGCACUACUGGGAGGUGAAAGUGUCGGGCCAUUCAGUGACGCUGGGCAUCACCUACCCCCAGCUUGCCCAGGAAGACCUGCCCGGGCAUACGGACAACAUCGGGAGGAAUCGUCAUUCCUGGGGGCUCCGCGUGCAGGAGUCGGGCUACCAAGCCUGGCACGACGGGAAGGCCCAGCGACUUCCGGGCACCCCUGCGCACCUUCUGGGAAUGGAGUUGGACCUGCCCUUCGGACGUCUCUCCUUUUAUAGCCUGGAGCCGAAGGUCCAGCUCCUCCAUGUCUUCAAUGCCUUCUUUACCCAGCCUGUCUCCCCUGUCUUCUGGCUCUGCGAAGGCAGAACCAUCACCCUGUGCCAGGUGCCUGGGGCCAAGCCGUAUUUGGGGCCCCCGGGAGAAACGCUUAGUCCCAGAAGAACAGUACCUAAUGAAGCUGGGGAGGAGGGGAGCCCAGAAAAAUAAAUAGUGCCUAUGUUAAAGAAACAGCAGGGGCCGCACUUAGGUCCAGCUGGGAAGUCCCCCUCCCACCCCCCAGUUCUUUCUGAGGCCUCAGUUUCCCCGUUUGUGAUGCCUGGAUGAGUGUUUGUUUCUGCCCCAGGCCUUCCUCUCAGCACAUCGACUUCUUGAAUACCAGAAAGAACCACAGAGCAGAGAAAAGGCCUCGUCCAAGUUUGGACAGUCUUAGCAUGAGAGAUGGAGAAAUGUUCCAAGCAUUUUAUUUUCGGUUUGUUCUGUGUUUUGUUUUUUUAACCCUUACUUUCUGGGUUACUUUCUUACAUCCUGUGAAUUUUAUUUUGAAAGCAUUUUUCCUAAA